AAAAAAUACCGCUUGUCUAUAUAUACAAAAUUUGAGUGGAUUUGUUGCUAAGGGCAAUUGUAACAGCUUAUCAUGCGUAGAAAAUGUGCGGGUUAUGUGGAAAAUGUAGCUUAGGGUAAGAGGGCAGUAAAAUGUGAAAAGCGGCCGUCAUGAUGGUACACUCCCAUCGUGCAGCGUGACGUCACAGCAACUCGGCUCGACAGCGAGCUGUACGUCUGCAACAAUAGCGGACCAGAAGUCAACUAGUUCGGUAUCGGUACAAAUGUCCAUCCUGUUGCGUGACAUCACAGAAUAUUUAUGAAUGAAUGUCUUGUUAUGACAGCAGUAUUAUCAUGGGUCCAAGAUCGUGACGCAAGGGUUACUUCUGCAUUAGGUGCCGAGGCGGAUGGCAUAGCUAGCUGUGACAUGGAAACGCGACAGUAGCAGUCACUAUCUGGCAAUGAACGGGGUGGCAGCUCCUGUAGAAUAUAAUACGGAAGUACACACAACCAGAAAAAUGUCGGCUGGUCUACGAAACAACCCUGACAUGGUGAGCGAUAGUAAUUUUAUUUCUCCUGUACCGGACCAUAUCUCAUCUAUUCACGACAACCCAUUUUAUAAAUCUUUUGGGGUGCGUCACCCCCGCGCUCUAACUUCAAGGGAACCGUCUCUGCCGGUACGCGCUAAACAUUCAGACACAGAGAGUACCUUACAAUUUCGUGAAGAACUGGGUGAGUACAAGCCUGGUUCUGGUUUUGUACACAAAUUAAUGGGGAAGUUUGCUUCUCUGAGCACUCGAGAAGAACCAACGCCCAGUUACCUUCAUAUUAAACACGCCGGCAGCGUCGAGAAUAUUUUACGAAACGAUCAGCAUACCGCAGAGACAGAAGACAAUCAUACGGAGGAAACACGAAUAGGAGGACGAGAGAGAGGACGAGAAAGCUUCAGAAGUCAAAAGCAUCGCGCCAGAAGCGUGGAUUCUGUUAACAAUAGCCACAGAAAACCUCAUCUCCAGGUUUCUCUACGUCAUGUGGAUAGAAAGUGGGAACGCCCACCUUCCCCCACAAAGCCCACUCGAGAUUCCCACAUCGAGGCACCGGAUGUGACACUAGCUCCCGAGAACAUCAUCCUCAUUGAGAACCCCCCUCCUCAGCCUUCUGCCACUGAUGCAGAGGUUGACAGUGAUGCUACAGAUGACCGGUCCCAGGCUCAUGCCACAUAUUUCAAAGAUGAGGCCGCUGUGGACGAACUUCCAAAACCCAACACAGUUUUGACUGUACGCAAUAUAUUUGAAUCUGCUGCUCAAGCAGAAGCAGAGCAUGUUAGUCGCAGAGAUAAGCCUCUUAGCCCUACUCGAGAUGUUAGUAGUUGGGGUGACUUUGAUCGCAAAGACUCACCCAUAAGCCCUACUGAUCCUGCUGCUAGAGGACAGGCUUUCACCCCUAGAGAGGUAAGACCCCAUGUAUCUCAGUCUUCCCCUCGAGUGGUGGAUGCUGCCAGAAAUUUUGAAUUUCCUAGGACUGCAGAGUUUGUAAGAAAUGGUGAUAGGCAAUCAUCCUCAUCAAUGGAUGUAAAUGAUACUGGCAGCAUGGAUACAUCCAUACCUGCAGAAAUACCAUUGCCUCUUACAAACACCACAUCAUCAUCUUUUUCAUCAUCUUCAUCUUCCUCAUCAACAGUUUCUUCAUUGGCAUUAUCUUCAAACAGUGGCAUUACUGCUGAGCUUCAUUCUGAUGAUAGAACGUUGGUUUCCACUGAGUCCAGCAGACCCAUUCCAGCAGGACGUUCCACUGCUGCUGUCAAGGCUGUUCCUGCAUCUCGACCUGUAGUUCCAGCCAGGUCAAGUAAGACUAUAAGUGAUGCAAGUACUACUGCUACCAGUGCAGCAACAAGUGUACCCCCCUCCUUUACCCCCAGUGUCAAGAAGACUAGUCCUGUGAUGCCAGUUGCUCCAUUCAAAAAGCAAACAGAGAGUGAAGAUGAGAACCGCUAUCUUGUUUUUACUUCUAAGAAGGAUACCUCUAAGCCCUCAAAGCCAAGACGUGUAAAGGAUUAUGGGGAGAUGGUUGUUGACACAGCAUCACAUACAAAGCGUGAUGAGACGGAGAGAAAACAAGUAGAAACUGAUGUGCAGAAGGUGAAUAAAGUCAAUGUCUUGCACAAAAAGGGGAGGGCACCACCUGUCCCACUGGAUAAGGUUGAUGGCAGUGAUGGAAACUUGGUGCAGACACUGAAAGUUGUAAACAGUAGACAAGACAGCUGGUCAUCACCACGUAUUGAAGAUACUAUGGCACCUGAAUUGCCAGCAGAAAAAAUUCCGUUUCAUUUAGUCUCAAAUGUAGAACGUGAGCAUGGCAAGCCUACAACAGUGUCUCAGUCAGAGGGCAAAGAGAAACAGGAUAUCCCAGUCAGCAUGGAGACUCAGGAAAUGACAGAGCCAAUUAAAGGAAUUCCGCGUAUUAUCGCUCAGCGUAUGAAGCAGAACUCUGAGGCGAUACACACUGGACCACCAGGUGAGUUAUUUGGAGUGCGGCUUGGCAAAACUCGGCAUGAAGAUGAUGGUAAAGAUGACGGUAGUGAGAUUCCUUGUAAACGUCUGACACCUGUCCAGUCUCUUGGAAAACAGGACAAAGCUGCAAGUGUGCCAUCUGAAAUUGAAAACCAGAUUGCAAGUGUGCGCAAGCGCAUGGAGGCUGGCAGUCAGAACAAGUCUGGUGGUGUUUCACAGAUCUUUGACAGCAGUCAGCUUCAGAAAAAGCGUCGAGAAAAGCAGGCGGCCAGGACAGCUCCUCAAGUUGGUGUCCCUCGCCUGGAUCUUAGCAGCCUGACCUCUGAGGAUAGUGGGAAUCCUGGUUCAGAUGGGGGAUACCGUGUCACACCUCGAGAGAUUAAACCUUGCAGCAUUGAGUUCAUUGGCGCCAACAUUUCUUUGGGCCGAUCUUUACUAGACAAGAAUCGCACAAUAAAGAUCAACAUCAGGUUUCAUGACAACCUGUCUCAAACAUUUGAGUACCCCUCAGAGCAGUGGAUGUUGGAGCAGUAUCUGAGAGAACACCCGGACGAGGUGUUUGUGCUGCAGGAUGAUGCAGGUCCAACGGAGUCAUCAGAUGAUGGGGAUGUUGCACCUGGCACAUUUCUAAGAGAUGGGACCAGUUUGGAGCUAGGAGAGCGGCUGCUCAUGUCCACUCCUGCAUUGUCUCAGUCUGCUACACUGCAGUCAUAUCGUGGGAAGUUUCAGCAGGAAUACGUCAUGGGCUCCAUCUUCAAACAGCCCGAAAAACCUGUACAAAGCAUUGAGAUCCAGGACCCUGUGGAUGUAAACAGCAUGGACUUGAGACCAUCUGAUGAGGAGAGCACCAACGUGUGGUCAACGAAUGAGACCUCUGACCUUCUGUUCUAAUGCUGGUACUGCUGCUGCUAGGACUGGAGUACUAUGGUGGCCCUAUGACUGAUGCUCAAUGUGGGCAUAGAAUCUUGAGUGAUUCUGGAGAAUGCCCUGAGAGGUGGUGUGGGUGCUGGGAAGCUGAUGGUCUUUGUAAGACUAUGAUUUGGAGAAAACCGUUGCAUUUGCUGGUGAGGUAGUCAGGCAGGUAAUUCCCUGCUGCCUAGUGUUUCAUACUAUCUCAUGCUUCACAUUUUCUCAAGUUCACACCUCUCAUUUUUGCACCAAAUCUGCUCAGUUGUACUUUAGUAUCCCUCAUAAAAUAGAAAGAAAGCUGCUGCCUGUCCUUUGCAUGCAGAAUUGGUUUUGACAAGCCUGUGUGCAGUGAAAUGGUUCACAGGUCGAUCAUCUUCACUGUACAAGAACCAGGGUGGCAAGAGGUGAUAGAAACGAUUGUGUAGGCUUUUUGCUAGCCUCAUGGGGUGGGGUGGGGGGAUUGGGGUUUUAUGCCGUGCCAGCAACUAAGGCUAUAUCACGGCAAGGCAGCCAGCCCUGUAAACAGAUGCCAUGUGUAGAGAAAGAACAGCGUGCCCGAGACGAGAGUUGAACCCAGAACAGCCAACCUUCACUGUAUUGGUGACAGGCGCUAACCGUUGCGCCACCGGACUGCACCUCAUGGGGUGCAGUGGAUGAUAGAGAAGAUGGCUACAAAGUUAAGUGCACAAGUAUAACCUGGUCUUCAUCCCACAAACAACAAGAUAUUAUGACAAGCCUGACUCAUUUCUUUGCAUCGUAGACAGUGUAACCGAGAUGCUUCCCAAAUACUACUGGCAUUUUGGUGAUGCCAUUUUACGUUGGUCUCUAUCGACAUAGGGCUUUUUGAUACCAUAUGUGUGUAUGCUUUGAGAUGCUGCUAUAAACUUGAUGCAUCUCACACUAUACACAGGGCCAGAAAGCUCUGAAGUCACUCAGAGGACUGCUGCAGGUCAUCUAGCAAUGUCACGAAUAUCAUUCAACAGAAAGACUGUUGGUUUUGUAAACAUUUAGCUUGGAGCAAACUUUUGGAUGGACUUAGGACUGUUGUAUUUUUGAUGUUUAUUGCCUUUGGGUUGGUUAGUUACUUCUCUUUUCUUUUUCUCCCACCAUUUAUUACUGUUUAAGGAAUCCUUUACCUUAAGAAUAUAUUUUCCUAAAAUUUACCUUCUAGAUUAGAAUAUAUUUUCCUAAAUGUCAUCUUUUAGAUUAAGCUUAACACUUAAUGAUUGCUAGAAGUUCUAGUUAUAUCAGCUAGGUUGGUGUAGAGCAGUCUGCUGUGUUUUAAAAUUUUUUGGCAGGUUUGCUGAUUGUUAAAUCACAUUACCUUGUGGACAAGACAGUGAGACAUUUUCUGGCCUUGUAUAGAUUUUACAGGCAGCAGCUCCACAGAGUGCCUGCACUUGAUGAGUGGGGUGAAUGUGGUGUGGGGAGGGGGGGCGGCAAGUGGACAAUGGAUUAAUGGACAGAAUUGUCAGUGUCAGAAUUUAAGAAUUGCUGAAAUGUUCCUUGAAAGGAAUAUGUUAGAAUGACUAAAUCUCACAUCUGGGCAUCUAGUAAAUUUUGAAGAUCACAGUAGUAACCCAAAAUCUCUUUACAUCGAGAAAGUAGCAUACUCUGUUUAGAAGAUGAGCUUUAACCAUUGGUAUAUAACAAUGAAAUAUUCAUAUGGAUCUAAGGCAGACCUGGGCAAGGGGCGGCCCGCGGGCCGGAUCCGGCCCGCCCUGCAGUAUAUAUGCUAUAUAUGCAGUAUUGGGUAAAACUGAGUUAACUAUAUUAGUUCAGCCCUCUAAAACCAUCCCAAUUUCUCAUGUGGCCCCUUGGGAAAAUUAAUGGCCCACCCCUGAUCUAAGGUCUUGUGUUACUCUUUUUACCAUGUUUAUAUGUGAGAAGCUUGAGUCGGUAGUCAAGUGUUAUUUUCUGUCCAUCAUUAUGAAGAUCAUUGGGAGUGUGCUAUUUUUUGAGGGUUGUUGAUCAUAUUUUUCCAAUCAUGUUCAUAUUGCAGGUUGGGAGGGCAGGGGAGUGUCGUAGAAGACUCCUAUCCAUGAUGUUUCUGGUUUUUUUGGUCCAUGUUCUUCAUAAGGAAAAAUGCCAACUCACGUAUGCAGCUCAUCUGGACAUGGUGUAGCAAUCUUAUUCAGUGGCAAGUUAAGAGAGGUUAUGUUGAACUGGGAGAAAAGGGCAGAGGAUGGUGCACCAGGAAGAGAAGAUGCAUGUGAGGUGGGUGGACAGGGUCUCAAGAAGAUCAGAAUGGUUUCCACAGAUUUAAGGGAGUUUGUUCUUUGCCUUCACUAUAUCAUUAAACAUGUACACAAGUUCUAUUUUUAUCACAAACUUAAUUUCUCCAAGUUUGCAAUUUUUUUUUCUUUUGUUUUGUUUUGAAUUUUUUGUUUUGUUUUUGUUUUUGUUUUUUUUUUUCUUUGAGGGAGACAAGGUUUACCUUGUACAUGCACAACCACAACCACACGCACACCCCUGCAGCAGGAUGUAUAAAAGGUUUAUGUUCAAACAAAGUUUGUUUGACAAGUUUACAGGAUUUAUGCUUUGAGACUAACUACACAGAUCUGUGAAGCAUAUUUCUUUGACAUCACCCAUCUUAGCCAUGCAGCAUUUGAAAUCCAUCACCUGCUUUUAUACAUUACCAGAUGUUUUGCUGACUCCAGUGCCAGAACACUCCUGUGUUCAAAGUACCAGGACAUUUUGGUUGCAUUCACUUUUGCCCCUAUGUCCCUGAUAAUCAAUGCUGUGGUUGGAGAUGACAAAGGAGGUGCAAAGUAAUUAUUUAUUUUUGAUAUAAGUUAUUGUUUGUUGCUUUUAUUUAUCAGAUUGUGAAUUAGCUUUCCAUGCAUAAACAGUUUGGGAAGAGAACAAAUCAGCACAGAAUAUUUGUUCUUUGACGAGAUUUGUUAGCAAGCUGCCAUGAGAUGAUCUUUAGUUUUUUCUUUCCUUAGUCUUCCCUUUUCUAUCACUAUAUUUUUAACACUUCCUUUGAAAAAUAUAUUUGACAUGGCAGUUGUAGAUUUUUGUCUUGUAGUUAUAUUUCAGAUCUCUACUUGCUUUUUUGUGGAUGUUACCUAGAAAAGGGCACAUAGUUAACAUCCUAUGACAUUGACACUGUAGUAGAAAAUGAUUGAGUUUGUAAGCCAUGAAGCAGUUGCUUACAUAAUGUUUUUCAUGAAUAGUCUGGAGUUACUCGUCUCUUAUUUUUUGUGAAUUAUUGUCUUGGGUUUUUAGCCCUUUUUAUGCAUUUUGUCCCCAGAAACAUCUGUGAGAUUCUGAAAGGUGUGCAUGCAUGAUUAUAAGGAAUUGACUGAAAAACAUUUCAGUUUUUAUAAAAAAUGACAAAAGAAAAAGCGAAGGUAAAGAAAUAUCAGCAUGGGAUAAGGUGCUCAUUCUAACAAUCUCAAUGUUCCCGGCCUAAUCAACAGUAGUUGCUGAGUAACUUGUAUCUGCUUUUUCCUGUGUGCGGUUUUUUGAAUUUAGUUCCCCCCCCCCCUCUCCACCUCCUAACAGUAAUGACAGACUGCUUUUUAUUUUUUUAAAGCUGUUCAUAUUCUUAUGAUUUUAUUUUCUGUGUAAGUACGCAAUACUGUAUUUUUAGGAUAUUUCUUUUGAUGAAUCACUUUUAGUAAUGUUCUAUCAUUGAUACUUUUUCAGAGGUAUAUGCCACUUUUGAAAUUAUGUAAUGGGAUACAGAAAUUAUAAGUAACUUGGAACAGAGCAAACAUGUGAUCUCCAAUUGAGAUAAUGUAAGGAUAAUGUACUUUGAUAGUUCUCUUAAUGUUGGUAAUGACAUAAUGCAGUAUAUUGAGAUAAUUUUGCAAGUGUUUGGAAGUUUUUGCUUUAUUAUUUUUUUAGACUUAUAGUUUUAUUUCUGUAGUGCAGGAGGGAAAUAGACUACAUGGGUCAUAUUUAUGUGUCAAUAUCAAUUCCACAGAUGUUGUGUUUUGAGCUAAAACAUUAUGCUUGUAUAUCAUCGUUAUUUUUCCCUCUCAUAUUUGAUUGUGUGACUUAAUUGGGUCUGGUGUUUUUUUGUGUUUUUUUUUUUUUCAGUAGGACAUUCCAAAGAUGGUAGAGUAUUAUUGGUUGAUCCACACAGUCAUGAUUGCUGCUAGUCAAUUGACUAUUUCAUUUCGUUCCUCUAUGCUAUAAGGACUUGUAUUUACAGUGAACUUUAUUAUCUUCUGAUUUUGUGGAGAUUGCUGCACAGUUGUACUCAGUACAUAAUGCUCACAUUGGUUUCUGUGGUGAUAUCUUUAAGAUAAAUAAAUGUUUUUUUAGUUGAGCUGAUAUUUAUCAAGGAGAUGCAUCUUUCAGAAAAGGCAGUUUUGUGUGUGUCACAGACUUUUUCUGGCUGGUUAGACUUUAAAUCUGAUGUGCCUCCCUGGGAGUUGUGAAGGAACCAUAGCUAGUAAAAGAGUUAUUUUAUCUGUGACAGCAUCUGCAGUAUUUCCAGUACAGUGGGUGCUAAAUGGUUAUAAAUAUUAAAUAAUGUGCCAUUCAAACCUUGAUAAAAAUUAUUAGCUAGAAGGUGCCCACUGCAUAUUGCAUUUAACAACAAACUGAUGUUAGACUGAUGGACUUUAUGUAAAAUGCUAGAUUGUAUUUGAGUCAAGACUUAAUAUUACCUUCAGGAUUAAGUGAUGACAAUGUUUCAGCCCUAAGCUUAAUGAUUUCGUAUUCAUAAGCAUUCUAAGAGCAGGUUCCUUGCCCAUAGUUGCUAGAUGGAAUGUUUGUUUCAUAUUUGUCAGUGCAAUAUUACUUUCAGAGUUCAGUAACACCAGGUUUGAGGCUCUGAAUGUCAUGUUAGAUCUGUAUUAUUGUGUCUGUGAAGUUAUGGCCAGGAGUCAUUGCUAAACUAGUAGUGACUCCUGGCCAUAUCUUGGCAGACACGAUGAUAUUGUGUCAUCAAUCUGAAAUAAUUGCUAUCCCAAUCCACUUAACUUGCAAUCUGAGAUAUUUCUUUUGUGUUAAUUCUGGAUGAUUUUUUGUUUACAAGUAAUAUUUCAGUUGUCUUGCACCUGUCAUGUAUUCCUUUGUCUCUUUCUUCAGUGCAACUGCAUUUUUUCUUUUAUUAAUUGUGUAUAUAAUUUGUAUUAUGCGUAGGGUACAUAGUUGCGUACUUUGGGUUAGAAUCUGGAUUGUAUAUCCAGUUGCUUUUUUUUUUAUUAAGAAUUGUGUACACUUGUCACUUGUGUGCAGAAUCCUAUUUUUGUUUUAUAAUAAUUACUGAGUAGGAUGGUAACGAUAUUUUUCAUGAUGAACAGAGUCUGAGAUUAUGUCACGGGAGUACUUUUGUAUGCUUGUGCUACAUUUAAGUAUUAUGUCAUAAUGUUAACUUGGCAUCAGAACACUUGUGCAAGCAUUUUAUGAGUGCUAUGUCUAUGUGUACUUACACUUCAGUUCAGGAGGAAGCUAGGCCCUUUUUUCCCCUUGUAAGAUAAAUCAUGAGAGAAACUGAAGGGAUGAGAGUCUGUUGAACUUACAUGUGAAUUAAGCUCAUGUAUAGAGAUUCUGUUUCAUUUCACUAGCUUCUGUCUACCAUGGCAUGCUUAAUUCUUAAUUACCUCCCCUUUGACAUAGCAUGUGUGUAUGAAUGGUCUUUGUUGUGGGGAAAGGGCUGCAUGGUGUCAACAGUUCUAUGCUUUAAAGUGAGCUAUUUAUAGCUUUUUUUUCCCCUCCUUACAUCUCAUGCAGAUGAUCAAGCCUAGCAGGCAUCACAAAAAGGCUUAUUUAGCUAGGACACUUGAAAAUGAUAGGGUAAGUUUGACUUCUUUGUCUAAUUACCAUCUUCAAAGAUUGUCUGCUAAAAGGGAAACUCCCAAACAGAUUGCUUCUUUACAGUGCACAACACCUCACAACUUUAUUAUAUGGCCCAGCAAGUGUUUGGAUUGCUUAUUUAUUUGAUUUUUAAUAAUCCAUGUGCUCUGGCGUUUUCUUGAAAAUCAGAUUAAACUUAUGCUUGAUGUGUGAUUGUGUAAUAGAACAAGAUAACUAUAAAGAAUUUUAAUGUAAAUAAAUGCUGUAGCCAUGGCUGAAUAGAAUAGUUACUACAUAGUCUAUGUAAGCAUAUAACUAAGCCUCAGAUUGACAAUGUCUUAACUAUUUGUGAAUAUAACUUUUUGAUCAGGGCUAAAGAUUAUGUUGUCUUUGGCAUCACUGAAAGAAGCCUUCUUAUAUAGGGGCCAUGUUUUGUAGUAUGGUACAUUAGACAACAGUAGGGAGACACGUCUGGACCUGAAUCCUGAUUGUAUACUACACAAAGUAAAUAAAGAUUAAUUCUCACUGCAGAAAGGACAGCAUGGUCCUCCACAAAGAGGCUGAGGUGAUAUGAAAGUCUUAUGCUAUUGUGGUGAUGGCCCUGAAAUUGUUCAUAACUGAUUUUUUUGUUGUAACUCAUGUAGUUGGCCACACAGAGUCAAAGGCUAUGUUACUGUGUUUGUUUUAAGUUAAGUUGUGGACAGGUCACAUUUGUUUCCGCUCACAUAGUUUGUCACUUAAGACAUGUCACAUCAGUAGUGUUGGAAUACACUUACUGUCAUGUCAUGACAAUAGUGCUGUAAUGCACCCCCUAGUUCAUGGCAGUGCUGCUGUGAUGUACCCACUGUGCCAACUUUUAUGCAGACAGUUCAGAGGGACACUUGUACCUACAGCAAUCUACCUUUGGGCCAAGGGCCAUUCUGUACUAGAUAUAGUUUUUAUGCUUUAUUCCAAUGAUAAAAUAUGAUUAGUUUCUUGAAUAUUUAUUUUGUCACCUAGUUUUGAUGUUGCUUUAAUAUCAGGAGUACUUGUGUUCUUGGAAUUACUUCUUCAAGCAAAACUUAUGCAUUCUACAUCAUAUGUGAACAUUUAGCUAGCUGGCAGUUCUCGUUUCAUCGCAAUGCUGUGCAUAAAAAGCUAACUUGUGCUGUCAAGUGAUCACUAUUUGUAAACCUAUGUGAAGUGUGGAGUACGUGUUUCUACACAAAGUGCACAAAACUCAGAUAAUAUCUAAGUGCUUGUACAGUCACAUGGUUGACUGUAAACUGUAUAUCUGAUGAUGAUGUUAUGGUCUGUACUAUGGAUUGUACCGAGGAGCCUGCAUGCUUCCUUCCGUCUGUGCACACUUGAGGUGAGGUUUCUGCUGAGCUACCCAGAUUGUUACAAGAAUGUCGGCUCCAUUUCUUUCAGUCUCUGUUGUUUCUAGAACUGUGGAUCCCUGUAAUAUGGUACAGACAAAAAGGACACUAGUAAAAGAUGCUGGAGAUUACCAGUGAGCUCUUUUUGAAAACCUGACCAAACAGUUAACAUGUUGCCAUUCUACUGGUGUGAAAGCUUAGUUACUUCCCUUGAAGCACAUUUCAUGUGCUUCAGUCCAUGAGCAUAGUGGAUUAGUUGUCAACGCGAUUCCUUCUUGUGCCUGGGUAAAAGCUUGUUUCCUAUUUUUCUGUUUUGUUUUGUUUACAUUGAAACUGUCCAUAGCAUGAAAUAGAAUGUUGGGCCAACUUCACCAUAUAUCGCUGUGCAAUGUCAGUUGCAGCAAUGUGAAUACUAGCAGGGUAUUGUCUCAGUGCUGUCUGGAUAUUGCUUUUUCAAUCUAAAUAUGGAAAUAUUUCUUGUGGAACAUUAAUGUGGCCUUAAAGUUUUCAGUUUAUACUGAACAUAGGUGGAUAUGUUUAUAAAGUAUAGCAGAUUUGUGUUUCUGCUGUGUUUGUAUCAUAGGGGGACAAGAUAAUCAAAUAACUUAUUAGAUGUCACAGUGUUGACUGCUUUGCAUGUAACUCUAACCCUUGCAGCAAAACUCUGGAUCACAAGUGUUGGAGAGCUGGCAUGCCAUGCAUAAUGGCUUUUUUUUCACUUUCCUGUGGAUAUUCAUUCACCUAUCCCUUGACUGGUAGCAACUGACAAGUAAUGUAAUGAUGCUGUUCUGCUGGUACUGCUUGUCAAGAAAAACAGCUGAAUAGAUACACCUGACAAGGCUGCCACCCAUGCCUGUAUUGAGCAGAUUAUUUGUGGAGUGAGCAGUCCGCUCCUUCACAUUUGCAAGCCAGUUCUUCCUGUCUAGCUUGGCAUCAGCUUCCUCACUCCACUUCUCCAAGGUAACCUGAAGAAUGGUCUAAGAGUCACAUGACUGAACCAGACUAAUUUGUGCUGCUUUGCCGUUGCAAGAAGGGAUUCUUGAUGUCUUACCACGGUGGUAACUAUGCUGCAUACAGAGUCAUUGGUUUAGGCAUUCCGUGUAGGAUAUUUAAGGCAGCCUCCUGAGGUUCUCGAAUGCCUGGAUUCUCCUCUCUGUAUCAGUAACCAGAGCCCAUGUCUCAUGUAUAUACAGUAAGAUGGAAACCACAAAGGACUUGCAAAGUCUGUACUUUGUACAGACUAUGGAUACCAGAUUAAAAAUGAAAUCACAAUCAGUUAAACCUUUAUUAACCUCAAAAACAUCCUUAGAGAGGAACAUGAAAGUGUUUUUUGGGCACUCUGUAGUAGAUAUUUUCUUGUAGCUUUGAUAGACCCUGUUUGUGAUUGUUAGGUUGUACUUGUCAAAUGUCAGUGUACAUAGGCCUGUGACUAUGUCUCCUUUCAAGAACUGACCAAUCUCUCAACUGCAUGGUGUCUAGUUUGGAUGAUUUGUUGCAAAAGGUUACAACUGGUCGGUGCAGGACAAUUAUUGCUAGAGAUUUUUUUUUUGGGGGGGGUGGGGGGUGGGAACAGUAUUUUAAAGCCUUCACAUUAUCCAACCACACAAGUUCUAUAAAUUUACUGUAUGUACACCUUUGACUAAGUGCAAAAACAUUCCACUGUACAAAGCCUCACUUUUUACUUGACCUCAAAUGACAAUAAAUACAGUAGCUUUGUGAUUGUCUA